AUGACAGACGCCUUGGGCCGAGUGGCUAUGACCAGCCCGUCCGAUCCUCGAAGAAACCAUGCUACCCCGCCUGGCACCACAGCGACCAGGAACAGAUACAGUGUAGCUAGUGAUGAGGUUGGUGAAUCUAGCUCACGAAAUAGCGAACAACAGGAACGGUCGACCGACGACACUUACAAGCCUGUCGACCCCUCACUCACCGACCUCGGAAGGAAGAGCCAUGGCAGAGGGAGCCAUCGAAGCCACAGGAGAAGAACGUCUGGCGGUUUCCUCCUCUCCGACAAUACAUUUUUCGAGCCACCGGCACACGAAACGCGAGCUUCGACAGGGAACCAGCUUACUCCUCCCAUAAAGCGACAACAACGGCGCGAUCAUAAGGGGAAGGUUCCUGUCAGACCCAAGACAGAUUUGACAAAUGGAGGGAGCCCAUCAGCAACGCAUAUAAAACAGGCAGACGCCCGAGAGAAGGCUCAUACGGAUGGCUCAAAUACAGAAGAGAAUGGGGGCAAGGUAAACGUUGACAAGACGAUCCAAACAGGGCUAGAUGUGGACUCUGCACAGAUUGUGAAUCUCGCCCUCAACCUGAGCGAGAGUAGGCGUCAAGCAGCCAGGAGGGUUGUGACGGUUCCAUCACCCCCAACGAUCCAUGGAUUUGAAGAUACCUUUGGAGGAGGAAGCCUGCGGCAGCACCUCCAAGCUCAAAGACGAUCGUCACGCAACAUCUCUCCCAAACCCGACAAAGGAGAGAAAUUCGGAGUACCACCCAAGCCAGCACAACCUAUAACCAGCCCCUUACAAACUGCAUUUACUCAAGAUGUCGAGCAAAAGUAUCAGUUUUCAGCAGCUACUUUGGCUCGAGCCGAAAAGGCAAAGAACGCCUUUGAGCUUAUGGCUCAGUAUAGGCGCUUGCUACAAUACCUACCUCCGUUGAAGUCACAGGGUUUGACACCUGUCCCGACCAUCAGCCCACCUGGCACGUCAGCAGGAGUUCCAGUUAGGCCAAAUACGCUAUCACGAGCUAGCACGGCAACGAACAAACAGAUUGGCAGGCCCUACAACCCGCUGCAGUAUAUUCGCAACAGGAAGGUCAGAGCGAGAGAAAGGCAACCGAUCGAUGGAGAGGCCCAGGGCUUUGGCGAUGUUGACGAUGUUACCGCAUGGGUUGACCGUGUCGUAAAGCAUUGUCCUAGUGAUGGUUAUGAAAUCAGCGACUGCUUGGAACUGCCGCCUUUGGGGCCUGAUGAGGCGGAGAGUCAGGCUCAUGUCGCUGUCGGGGCUGAUCCAAGUAAACCGGCUGUUCCACCUGUCAAAGUGAAGCGGCCGAGGAUCGACUGGAUGAUCAGUGCACCGAAUAUGCUAGCGGACAUCGUUUGGCUGGAACAAAGUGACAAUAAGAAGUUGAUUGAGGAUAAUAGAGAGAGAAAGAUAUUCCCACCCUCUACAAACCUGGUCAGGCUACCGACCAGGACGAGCGAAGAGCAACUGCGGCACCUAGAACAGCAGCAGCACACGACUGACCAGGAGGCUGAAGAAGAAGAAUCAGCACAGUCGCCUGACGCCAAAUCGAAGAAACAUGAAAAACUACAUGUGGAAACAAGAUUGCCUGCGUUUAACUCUAUCAGACGCUCUGGCCGUAAUGGGUCAGAUACCAACCACACACCCAAAAUACGACACAAACUGCACAAGGUGGCCCGGAAGCUGGAUAGCGCCGGUCCACUGAGGUCCCAUAGCAGGGUAGAUUCUUACUCGUCUGAUAGCGAUGACUCCCUUUAUAAUGCUCAGAUGCGGAGAGGUCGGAGCGACACGGCAGAUAGUUACGCCCUUAAUCAUGACAUCUUGGAGAAACAGAUGUCACAAAUGAUAGCAAAAGAAACAGACGAGGAAUCGAAAGAAUCAUUGAAAGAAGUCCCUGAAAAGAUAGAAGAAGAAAAGAAGCCGGCUUCAUCUGUCGAGGUGACACCCUCACCUGUGGUCCCUAGGAAGAGUGAGGAGUCGGACACACUAUCCCCCAGAAAAUUGAUCGCAAGGAAGCCAAGACCCGAGUUACAUCGUCAGAACUGGUCCCUAAAUUAUGGAGAUAAAGCAGCUCCGUUGGGAAGAAGCAGUCCGGAGGUCCCUGGCCAACGUCCCAGCGAAUGGCCAAGUAGCGACUUGGACACGACAGCUCCAAACUCGCCCGAGUCAAAAGCAGCAAAGUUAUUGAACGCUCUCAUUCCCAGCAUAUCCAUGGACCUUUCACCCCCUCACAGCCCCUUAUCGCCAACUCACAGCCAUAGAAUGCCCCUUGAGCGAGUUCGCUCAAAGAUAAACAGGCUUCGAGACCGGAGCGCGGAACCACUGGGGCGUCGUCGUCGAAAGGGGGAACCCGACCUUGAUGCAGAUCGAAAACCGAGCCUGCAAGAGAGCCCGGGUACCCCACUUGGUCAUAUACGUUCCCUUAGUCCAAGGAAAAGACCCGCGAAGGGGUCUGUUGAUAAUACCAUCGAGUCGCCAUCUGCUGCCUCGCUGGCGAGACAGAGACCGAAAGAUGGCAGCCCACCCAAUAUGGCUGGGAAGCCAAAGAGUCGCAACCCUAUUGCAAGGGUGAGCAACCUCUUAUGGACAAAAGACGAUACCAGCGCAUCAGAUAAACAGGGUGAUACCGCCCCUGAAGACACGGACAUCGACGAAAAUGACUUUGAAUCAAGCAAAGAGGAAUCGGAAUCAAACCGAAGAAACUCAAUAAUUACAGACCAAGGCAGCACCCGCAGCGCCGCCUCCCGCAAAGUCAAAGCCCUUCUCGGCGAAAUGUCCACCUUCAUCUCCCCCACAGAACGCCGCGGCCGUCCCACAGACUCCCGAAACCCGACCCAAAUGUCCCCCGACUAUGACGCCCAAACGCAGCAACAAAAAGCCCACGCCAAACAGCGUCAAGACCGCCUCGACCGCCUCAAACCACCCCGCAUCGACAUCCAACGCGCCUCCGGCGACUCCUCCCCCAAAAUCACCUCGCGCGUCCGCUCGCCACAAGGAAGCCUCCUACGCGUCCACAGCGCCGACGCACGCCUAAACUCCAUCCUCAACAUCCCCGGCAUAAGCCCCAUGCGCACCACCUUCCUCCCGGCCACCGACCUCGCUGCCCUCACGGCCCGCCGUCCCAGCCUCGGCUCGCGCCCGCGCGAUCCCAGCGCUGAGCCAACGCAUAUCACGCGCCAGGAUGUCGCGCGCGUGCGGGCCCUCCUUCUUAGCUCGGGGAUUAAGGCGAAGGAACUCACGCGUCGCCAUAAUGAGCUGCGCGACCUCAAUAACGCAGCCGCGUACCGCUUUGCUACCAUGGCGCAGCUGGUUCCGGAUCUAGCGCUCGAGCGGGCACCGCGCGCGCAGGAACACCUUCUCGCUGCCCGUGUGCUGGAGGAGGAUAUGCGGCGCUCGGCCCGCGCAUGGGAGGCUGCCGCUGAGGCGUUUAGAGACGGGAAGAUGGUAGAACUAGGGAAACAGGUAGGAUUAUUACAGGAGAAGCUUGACGGGCCGGGCGGGCUGAGCGAGCAAGGGAAGAAAGCGGCGGACGAGGCGGAUGAAUUGGCGAAGGAGGUGAUGGGGUCGCAGAUGCUGAGGGCGAAGGCGCUGGCUGGGGCGAUGGAUGCGAUGAUGCGAAGGAGACGGAGACGGUUUAGGUGGGCGAGGAGGGGGGGGUGGGUGUUGGUUGAGUGGGUGUUGGUGGGGGUUAUGUGGUGGGCGUGGUUGGUUGUUGUGUUGUUGAGGCUUGUGAGGGGACUGUUUAGGGGGGUGGUGGGGGUGGGGAGGUGGUUGUUUUGGUUGUGA